AUGGAUCUAGGACCCCUGAACAUCUGUGAAGAAAUAACUGUUCUACAUGGGGGCUUCUUGCUGGCUGAGCAGCUGUUCCGCCCCAAAGCACUAGCAGAAUUGACCAAGUCUGACUGGGAACAUGUUGGGCAGCCCAUUGUGGAGGCCUUGAAGGAGAUCUCAUCCACAGCAUGCUCCCAUCCCUUUGCCUGGAAAAAGAAAGCUCUGAUCAUCAUCUGGGCCAAGAUUCUUCAGCCUUGCCCUGCCACUGCUGCUGACAUGGAAACCCGGUGGCAGGAAGAUGUGUUUUUCUCAGUAGGCAACAUGCUCCCUACUAUCAACCAUGCAGUUCUUUUUGAGUUGCUCAAGUCCCUGGAAGCUUCUGGACUCUUCAUCCAGCUCCUGAUGGCCCUGCCCACCACCAUCUGCCGUGUAGAACUAGAGCGCUUUUUGGAGCACAUGACUAUUGACACUUCUUCAAAGGAUGUGGCCUUCUUCCUAGAUAUCUGGUGGGAAAUGAUGAAGCACAAGGGCAAUCAACAAGACCCCUUGCUCUCCCAGUUUAGGACAAUGGCCAAUAAGUACUUGUCCUCUUCAGAUGAAUUCUGCCACCCUCCAAAGAGGUUUAAGUCAGACCCAGAUGUCUGUCCUACCAUGCCCCUAUUGGCGAUGUUGCUCAACGGACUGAAGCAGAUCCAGAAUAAGAUCUUGUGUCCUGGCAUGAAGUGCUGUGCGCUAGCCAACUUGGCCGACAUGCUGACAGUAUUUGCACUGGUGGAGGAUGACCCCCAGGAACUGUCUGCAACUGUGUAUCUGGACAAACUGGCCACCGUGAUCACCGUGUGGAAUUCAGACACCCAGAACCCAUACCACCAACAGGCACUGGCAGAGAAGGUCAAAGAGGCAGAGCGGGAUGUCAGCCUGAACUCUCUGGCCAGGCUGCCCACAGAGACGCUCUUUGUGGGCUUUGAGUACCUACACAGCCUGCUGCGGGAGUGGGGAGAGGAGCUGCAGGCUGUGCUUAACAGCAGCCAGGGCACAAAUUACGAUAGCUACCGGCUGUGUGACAGUUUGACUUCCUUCAGUCAGAAGUUGGAGCUCUACCUGGAUACCAGCACCUUGUCUAAGGAAGAGCGGCAGGUGGUUUCUGAAUUGGCAGAGUGUGUCAAGGACUUCCUGAGGAAAACCAGCAGGGUACUCAAAGGCAAGGACUCGGAGAAGGACAUCACCGCUUCAAUCGCCAUGGCCAUUAUCGAGCAGAAGAUGGACCGGCAUAUGGAAAUGUGCUAUGUGUUUGCGUCUGAGAAGAAGUGGGCCUUCUCCGAUGAGUGGCUUACCUGCCUGGUUAACAACAGGGCCCUCUUCCAAGAGCCGGGCUUGGUGUUAAAGCUGUUGGAAACCGUGAUGGAAGUCAGCACAUCUGACAGAGCCAUCCCUGAGUCUCAAAUUAAACAAGUGGUUGACUUGAUCCUGGAAUGUUACGCAGACCUCUCGUUGCCAGACAAAAACAAAGUUCUCUCGGGUGUCCUCCAUUCCUGCGGGCGCAGGGGCCUCUCUGAGAAGUUGCAGGCGUACUUAGAGGGUUUUCAGGAAGACCUCAAUACCACUUUUAACCAGCUCACACAGAGUGCCUCUGAACAAGGCUUGGCUAAAGCCGUGGCUUCUGUGUCCCGGCUGGUGAUACUGCACCCUGAAAUCACAGUAAAGAAAAUAUGCAGCAUGGCUGUGGUCAAUCUUGGCACCCACAAAUUCCUGGCUCAAAUUCUCAGUGCUUUCCCUGCCCUCCAGUUCACCGAAGAGGAGGGUCCAGUCCUCCCCACCACAUUUGUGGUGUCAUGCCUCAAAGAGACGGUCUGGAGGAAGCUCUCAACACCCAAAGAAGAAAAGCAAUUUUUGGAGUUCCUGAGCUGUCUGAUGAGCCCUGUGAAGCCCCAGGGCAUUCCAGUCGCUGCUCUUCUCCAGCCAGAUGAAGUGCUCAAGGAAUUUGUCCUGCCUUUCCUAAUGCUAGAUGUGGAAGAGGUAGACCUCAGCCUGAAGAUCUUCAUCCAGACUCUAGAAGGAAAUGUGGGCUCAGAGGAAUACUGGCUCCAGACCUGCUUCCCAUUCCCCCUCAUUUUCAGCUUGUGCCAACUCCUCGAUUGCUACAGCAAGUACUGGCAGCUCCCCAAGGAAAAGCGGCACCUUUCUUUAGACGCGAAGGAUCUGGUAAUCCACAUCCUAAUACUUCUCUGUGAGAUCGUGCUGGCUAACAUCGAGACCUUCUCCCCCGAUACCUGGACCAAGUCCCUGUCCUGGCUCCACCGGAAGUUAGAGCAGCUAGACUGGACUGUGGGCCUGCGGCUGAAGAAUUUCUUUGAGGGCCACUUCAAGUGUGAGGUGCCAGCCACCCUUUUCGAGAUUUGUAAACUCUCCGAUGGGGAGUGGACCUCCCAACCCCACCCAGGGUAUGGGCCAGGCACAGGGCUUCUGGCCUGGAUGGAGUGCUGCUGUAUCUCCAGGAGCAUCUGUGAGCACAUGCUCUCCCUCUUGGUGGUAGACGUGGGCAAUCCAGAGGAGGUCAGACUAUUCAGCAAGGGCUUUCUGGUGGCCUUGGUGCAAAUCAUGCCUUGGUGCAGCCCUCAGGAAUGGCAGUACCUUCACCAGCUGACCAGGAGACUAUUGGAGAAACAGCUCCUCCAUGUCCCGUACAGCCUGGAAUACAUCCAGUUUGUUCCCCUGCUCAACCUGAAGCCCCUUGCCCAGGAGCUCCAGCUCUCCGUGCUCUUCUUGAGAGUUUUCCAGUUUCUCUGCAGCCAGAGUUGUCGCAAUUGGCUUCCGAUAGAGGGCUGGAGCCACGUGGUCAAGCUCCUCUGUAGCAGUCUGACCAACCUCCUGGAUUCAAUUAGGUCGAUCCAGUCAGUAGGCCCGUGGGCCCAAGGACAAGAGCAGGACCUGACUCAGGAAGCCCUGUUUGUUUAUACCCAGAUAUUCUGCCAUGUUCUGCACAUCAUGGCCAUGCUCCACCAAGAAGUGUGUGAACCACUGUAUGUCUUGGCCUUGGAAGUCCUCACUUGCUAUGAAACCUUGAGCAAGGCCAAUCGUUCUGUUACUUCCUUGCUCCAGAAGGUGAAUGAGCAGCGCUUCUUAAAGUCCAUCGCUGAGAACAUUAGUCCUGAGGAACGACGUCACACCUUGCUGCAGAAGAUCAGCAACUUCUGA